AUGUUCGUGGAGACCAGCAGCCUGCCGCGGGGCACCAAGCUCUCGGCGCUUCUCCACUCCGACCCCAAUAUUCCUUCCACGGCGGCGGUCGGCGGCGGACCGGAGGACGACUACUCCACUCGCAACAGCAGCGCCUCCGCCGCCAGCCCCGGCUACUACUUCGACCGCAACCCGAUGAGCGUGGAGAGCUCCCCUUACCGCAUGUCCCCGUGGAACCAGGGCUCGCCGUUCGCCAAAUCUCCGUGGUCGAGCGUGGCGCCGCCGUUCUGCGACGACAGCGCCACCUUUGCGCCGGCGACGGGCCUCAUUGGGUCGCUGGUGAGGGAGGAGGGGCACAUCUACUCGCUGGCGGCGGCGGGGGAUCUGCUGUACACGGGCUCCGACAGCAAGAACAUCCGCGUGUGGAAGAGCCAGAAGGAGUUCUCGGGGUUCAAGUCGAACAGCGGGCUGGUGAAGGCCAUCGUCCUCGCCGGAGACCGCAUCUUCACCGGCCACCAGGACGGGAAGAUCCGGGUGUGGAGGGUCUCCAGCAAGAACCCCACCGUGCACAAGAGGAUCGGGUCCAUGCCCACCUUCAAGCACCUGCUGAAGAGCUCCAUCAAUCCAAGCAACUACGUGGAGGUGCGCCGCCACCGGAACUCCCUGUGGAUCCGGCACGGCGACGCCGUGUCCUCCUUGAGCUUGAACGAGGACCAGGGGCUCUUAUACUCGGGGUCAUGGGACAAGACAUUCAAGGUGUGGCGGAUCGUGGACUCCAAGUGCAUCGAGUCGGUGAGGGCGCACGACGAUGCGGUCAACGCGGUGGUGGCGGGGUUCGACGGGCUGGUCUUCACGGGCUCCGCCGAUGGCACCGUGAAGGUCUGGCGGCGGGAGUUGCACGGGAAGGGGACCAAGCACUCCGCCGUGCAGACCCUCCUGAAGCAGGAGUCCGCCGUCACGGCGCUAGCGGUUAACCCCACCGCCUCCGUCGUCUACUGCGGCUCCUCCGACGGGCUGGUCAACUUCUGGGAGCGGGAGAAGCACCUCUCCCACGGCGGAGUCCUCCGGGGGCACAAGAUGGCCGUCCUCUGCCUCGCCGCCGCCGGCAGCCUCGUGCUCAGUGGCUCUGCCGACAAGACCAUCUGCGUGUGGCGGCGAGACAGAGACGCCCUCCAUAGCUGCCUCUCGGUGCUCAACGGCCAUGCCGGCCCCGUCAAGUGCCUCGCCGUAGAGAGAGACAGAGACUCGCUCCCCGCUGAUCCUCGCUGGGUCGUCUACAGCGGCAGCCUCGACAAGUCCGUCAAGGUCUGGCGCGUCUCCGAGCUCCCCGCCGGCGACUUCCUCUACCAGCAUACUCCGCAGCUGCAGCUCUUCGCAGCCCCAGACUUCCCGCCGGAGGAGUCUCCGUCCGGGUCCUCCUCCGCCCGCGGCAGAGGCCACCGCAAGUCAAGAUUCUGA